AUGUCGCUGGAUUCCAUAAUGUCCGAUGAGCGUUCAAUAUUUAUUGAUCAGAUCAUUGAAGAGCACAAUAAGCGACGGAAAAGACAUUCCGCACCUGCUCUCGAGCACAGUGAAGAGCUACGAGUGAUGGCACAAGCUUGGGCGGAAAAGCUAGCUAAACAGGCGUACAUAUCAUACAGUGAACUCAGUGGUAUUGGAGAGAACAUUACGUUUUUCCCGAAAGACGCAGAUGCGGAAACAGUUGUCGAACACUGGUACUCGGAGCAUGUGAAAUAUGAAUACGAAACACCUGGAUGGCAGACGGGUACCAAUUAUUUCACACAAGUUGUAUGGAGAGCAACUCGAGAAGUUGGAAUUGGAUACGCAAUCGUUGGUGAAAAUUCUGAUGACGAUGGCACAUCAUCCCAAAGUAGCAAUGUCAGAAAAUCGACAUUUUCUUUAGAAAGUAAUGUGAAAUUGGCCGCCGACGGAGAUAAGGUCAUUGUAGCAUUCUAUCGGGCAGCAGGAAACAAUAACCGCGCAGGACAGUUUGCCUUAAACGUUUUGAAACCCACUUCGCCACACUACAAUUGA